CCGUUCAUUUCAUACGUUUCUCUCUGUUCUGUACGUCAGUUUUGUGUCAGUGUCAGUGUCAUAGUGUCAGAUUAUUUUAGAUCUCUAAUUUGUUUUUAUUUUCAUCAACUUUCUUUCUAUCGGUUCAAGAACAUGUCUAAGUUUAUUCAAAUACAAUUUUAUCCAUUGUCUACACAUUAUUACAAAGAGUUUUAUAGUCUACUUUGCAAAUAUAGUUUGUAGAAUAAGUGCUUUUAUUAGCAUCCAGACCUAUUUUUUAUUUGAAUAUCUUUGUUGCUUAUUGUGAAGAAUGAAAACUGGUUGUAGUGCAAGUGUCAGUAUAAAAUCAAAAGGAUUUGAGAAAGAAUGGAUGACCUACAAAUGUAUCACUUGCAAGUAUAUGAACUUCACAAAUAUAAGGAGGAGUAUAUUGAUCAAUGUGUUAAGUUAUUAAAUUCUCAAUGGCCUAAGAAAAAGGAAGCAAGACUGCUUAGCCUUGAGUCAUCAUGUGACAAGCUACCCACCUCACUUAUACUUGUCUAUAAGUCAAAAGUUGUUGGACAUAGUAAAGUUUCAAGAAUAUUGUCGAUACCCAACGCCUGUAUGAUCGAAUCAGUGCUGGUGCAGAAAAAGCAUCGCGGGAAAGGAUGGGGGAAAUUUUUAAUGGAUGAGACAGAAAUAUUCAUAAAGAGGUUUGACAUGGACUACAUCUACCUGACGACACGUGACAAGGUUGGUUUCUAUGAGAAACUGGGCUACCAGCUCACCGAACCCAUUCCCCUGUUCGGCAACCCAGUGCUGAUGCCAGCCAUCCAACACAUGAAAGAGACUCUGCUGGCCUCCUUCACAAACUGUAUGUGCAACUCCAAACAGCAAACCACUCCAACUCACACUGCCACUGAAAACGAAGAGAACAUCAAACCUGAAGAUCCACCACCACCGCCUCCUCCUCCGCCGCCGCCGCCGCCUCCACCGCCGCCUCCACCUCCACCGCCUCCACCUAGUCAACCUCGCACACCUUCCAAAGGUAAAGGUCAGAAUAGGUCUAGAAGAAACCUCAAGAAAGCUAAGAAGGUCUACAUGGUCAAAUGCUUGAAAUAUUGAUAGAUUUCUUCUUGUACAGAGUGAUUCAAAAAGUGUAUCACUUCUUUCAAGGGAGGCUAAAUCUUCCGAGGAAAUGAUUGACCCUGCGGCUAGUGCGCUUAUAAUCACUCAGAUUAGAUAAGCGACGAUCGAUGGUUAUUCCAUCGUUUGGGUGACCAUUUGUGACCGGCUCCGCCAAUCACAUCCCGGUCCUUGGAAGCCCACCGUCAGCUCAUUCAUCUCAUCACUCAUGCACAAAUUAAACCUCUGAAAAUUAUCAAUAAUUUAAAUUUUUCACAACUUGAAAUUUACAACGUAUUUAUAUGAAUAUAUAUGUGUGUAUAUAUUUAUCCCUUUCUCAAUUAUUAUAAUUACUAAAUUUAUUUCUUGCACAGAGGAAUUUUUCUUUUCAAAGAUUAUGUUGUUUAGUACCUUCUCCAUGCCUCCAAGUCACUUCGAACUCCGCCUGGUGAUAUUUUAUUGGAGAUAAAUUUUGUGUAUAGAGUCUCAACCACCUUUACAAGUUUACAUUGCUGAUCGAAAUUGACAGCAGCUAACUAAACGUUUUGAUCCACUAUACUGUUGGGAGUAUUAAGCACUUAAGGUACCUAUUUAAGUACCUAUUGUUUUAAGAGUGUGAUCUAAAAAGAUCACUUUGAACAUAGACAUAGUUCAACUAUUCUUCUAGUAGAUAAACGUUUCCAUCAUCCCUCUCUAUAGAGAUAUUCAGUUCUAUUCUUUAUUUAUUUGUUUGGAUGUAGAUCAAAGAAAUCGUGGUCUACUUUUUGAGUCAUGCUGUAGUAAGGUGAUCAAAUAGAUCAUUUAAAAUCUAUAGCCUACUCACAACUGAAUUUCAACCAUCUAUGUCCAGUCGAUGAACUAUUUAUCUCGAUAAUGAAUGUUAUUCAAUGUGAUUAUCUCUUCUUGUUUUUGAGUUGAUUGCUUGGAUUGUUCAGAACUAACAUAGGCUGUGUUAAACUAACAUUGUUUCCAAUCUAGCUCAUUUAUAUGCAAAUUGCAUAAAUAUAACCCGCUCUUACACUAACACUCAAAGUAUUAAUACACUGAUAGGCUAGUUAAUACUAUUUUCAACGCAUACCACUAGAUACUGACACUGAUAGAAACAUUUUAUCUCUUAUAACAUUUAAUCAGCAACAUAACAGUUUUCGAUCAAUUCUGCUUUGUUCAACUUCUGUAUUGAAGACUAACUUUGUACACGUUAAUGUUGACUGGCUGUACUAUUGGCAUGGAUCUGAUCUCUGCUUAUAUAUGUGAUAAAAGCUUAUUUUUCAGCUGAAUCAGUGUUAGUACAUAGAAAUGACCUCUUCGCUCUAAUUGAUGUAGCCUACUGAUCUUAAUUUGUGAGACGGCUUUCUUGAUUGAAAACAGGUUUUAUACAUAUCAACUCGUUAAAGUCAUUCUAACAAAUCCACGUUUCGACAAAACUGUUACUAUUGGACAAUCUUCUAUUCUCUAUAGAUAGGUACCUUAUAACAAUUAUUGGAACCACUUGAAACAAUUAUUCUCUCACAUAAUCUGCUCUUCACAAAUUCUCUAAUGUAGCAUGUUGUCUUAUCAUAUUCUUUGAAUUGUCAAUACCAGCUCAAAUAAUUAUCUUCUCUACAAGAUAAUUAAAUUUUCCUCAAUUUCCAUCUGAACUUCAACUAUUGGUAAUCUCUAAACUUUAUGAAACACUUUUUCACUUUAAUAAUUUCAACUCACUUCUUAAGUCUAGAAGCGUUUCAGGGCGCUGGGCCUCAUCUUCAGUAGGCAAGAAGUACCUAGGUACUAGGAGUAUUAAGUGGUAGUCCUUGCCUGCUGAAGAUGGGGCCCAGCGCACUGAAACGCGUCCAGACUUAAAAAGUAUUUGAAAUUACUAUUGUAAAGCGAGAGAAGUGCUUUAUAAAGUUUAGUGAGAUCAUUAAAUUCAAAUUCACAGUACCUUGUUUUGAAUUGGUUAUAAAAUUCGUCAACUCUAACAUAAUAAUAAUUAUCAACUAUCACUUGUGGAAACUCCUCUGUUCAAACGUUUCCAAACUAUUUUCAUCUGCAUUAAACAACUACAUUAGUAAAUUUUCCAAAGUAUUGCGGUUUUCAUUUCUACGUUCAACGCCUCACAUAUCUUCACCUUUGUUAUUUCCUUCAGUGAAACAGUUAAAUCAUAUUUGGGCACUUUGUUUGUUUAUUUAUUCCAUGAUUGCGCAGUAUUAAUUCAUUGUAUGAUUUAUAGUUUUUAAUUUACAGAUACAGUUGUACAUAUUAUGUUAUAGUUCAAUCUUCCAUAUUAAGAUUUUAGUAUUAUUAUUAUUUUUAUCUCUUGGUAAAGAAUAUUAUUUUUCCACUAUCAAUAACAAUAUUGUUUUCCUUAUAACUACUGUAUUCCAUUAUAAAAAGUAUAGUGUACUGUUACCAUAUUUCUAUUGAUAAUAUUAUUCCGGGUGUAUAUAAGAAAUUAAAUUGCGCUUUAAACAGUAUUUGAUUUUUUCUGGAGUUCAAUGUAGGUACUUGUGAUUCAGUAUAAUAACGGUAAUACUGUGAAGAAGACUGUGAUACUAUUUUGUAGAAAACGCUGCAGAUACUAGUGCUAUUUCAUUUCAUAUUGACACCGUCAGGAAAAUGUUGGAAAAAUCUAUACUCUAUCCCACAAUAAAUUUCAUCAUUAUGAGCUGUGGUUCAGUAAUUUUAUUAAUAAAUGAUAAUUUACAGUAAUAUCAAGUUGACUUACUAAUUUCUCCAGGUAAGUCAUACAAUACGACUUGAGAGCUGCUUGCUCAGAAAGGAGAAGUCUAGUUUUAUUGAUUAACAUUAAUCAUUAUUACCUUCUCAAGAUAAUUAGUAUAAAAGUGAAAUAGUCUUCGAUGGAAUGUCAUUCUAUCAUAUAAUAUAAAUAUAGAUACUCAUAUUUAUAAUUCUGUAAAGAUAUGGCUUUGUUCAUGAUUUUUACAAUUUUAAAACUAUAAAUUCUUGUGUGAGAUUAAUACGUUCCAUGAUAAUAAUAAAUUACAAAAAACAAUAGCGACGUGACGAAAAUAAUGUAUAAUUAGAUAAAUUUUAUCAUUGUCAAUAUCAGUAGGCUAUCUACUUAAAAAAUGGUAGCAUCUUGACACAUGUUGACGAUGAUUGUUGUUUUUGAGAACGUAAUUUGUAAAAUUGAUUGAAAUGUUGUCAGUCCGAGACAAUGAUUCUUUUGAGGUGUACCAUGCCAAUUACCUAACAACUUUGCAGUGUCUGUGGAGUCACUUCAGUGCCUCUUAUUUCACUUUCUUGGCAAGCUCAGUUUUCUUACUCAUCUAUAUUAUUCUUUGUUAAAUUUGGUUUUAUCUUUGAUCUUUUCCUGGUGAUCAGGGAUUUGGCACAAACAUUGGCUACUAGGUGAACAUUUUAUGUAGAUAUAUAUUGAUUGUUGUUUUGAAGUGGAUUCACUCACAAGUACGGGUAUUUGGUUGUUAUUAUAAAUCGUUAAUAGAUGUUGGUGUGCAACAUUUGAAAAAAUAGUUGGGACUAACUGACUUGUUUACCUGGAAAAAUGGAUUGGAUUUUCAAAUUUUACUUCUAGUGUUCUUCCCAAUGUUUUUCAAUGAUUUGCUGAAUUUCAAGAUAUUUCGUCUGUUUUGUGAAAAAUAUUUAUAGUGAGGUCCACGUUAUAAUGACAGUAAAGAGAGAUGGGAAACAGCGUUGCCGAUUCUCCGUAUAUCUGAUGUAAAAUUAACUGUUCAUUCUUUUAAUAAACAACUGUAUUUAAUUAGUCAAGAAAUUAUAUUUUUCAAUGAUUAAAUGAUACAUUUUAAUACAAGUUUUGGGCUAUAGCCUUUUUUUAUUUUUCUAUCGUUGUAUUGUUUUUGCUAACCAAAUAAAUAAAUAAUUGAGAUUGGAUAAUAAAUUAUGCUAAUUAAUUAUAUUUCUACAUUGUUAAAAUACGGUUUGGCAACCUUUCAAAGCUAGAAAAGGAUAUCACUAUAUUCUUUGUUGAAUGAUAGACAAGGAUAGCAACAUCAAUGUUAAUCAUAAUACUGCGUGGACCUCACUAUAGUAUAUAUUCCAAUUAUAGGAUUUUUCAAGUCAAUUCGACCUUAACAGUAGGCCUACCUAUUCUUUCCAUGUCAGGCGGCCUUCCGAGUAGCCAAUGUAACUUAAUGUUAGAAUCAGUGAAAAGUAAUCAAUAGUUAAAGAGAAUAAAUCAAAGCAGGCUGGUGGAUGACUCUUAUGAAGUAAUAGUGCAGUACUGAACACCAUUUUCCAAAUUAUUAAGUUUUACAUGGUAAUUUAUAAGAGUGAGCAUUAAUAACUAGUAGAAACUGUAAAAGUGUUUUGUGUAUUGUGUUACUGUACGUCUUUUGGAGUGUUUGAUUUUGGUGUUGCUUUUCUUGCUUAUAACUUCUAACAAACUCCAAAUUAUUUUUUUUUUUCAAUCUUCUUGGAAUAAUUUUUUCGAAAUUAUAAUUAUGUAAUAGGAAAAAUGAUCAAUAGCGCAUAGCAUUAUCAAAAAAUGUAAUAUUGCAGUGUAUACAUAAAUUUGCUUGUCAAAAAUAAUUCAAGUAGGCCCAUUCUAUAAUGUUUAUCUCCAUAUCCAUACAAAAAAUCUGUAUAAAAGCAAUACAAUAUUAUAAAUACGACUCAUGGUAUGGAUUAAGAAUAAAACAAUUAUUUCACAAGUUGAUUAUAUUUUCAAGUGAUAAUCGUAGUACAAAUUACAAUGAGACAGUAGCCUAAUAAUGUCUAAAAUGACUCAUGACUAAUGAAAUUAGAUUGUAGCAAAUUCAAUAUAAAAUUUUGUUUGUCAAUUAAUAUUUAGUAAGGUUUUUAACACUUGAAUAACUUGGAAAGCAGUAAGUACUCAAAUAGUUUAGUUAGUUUAUGACAAAACAAUUCUUGAAAGUUGAGCAUUCUCCAAAACUAUUGUAAUGUAAGUAACUUACUUGUAGUCCUAAAAAAACUAUCUAAUUUAAUAUUACAUUAUAUUACUAGGUAAUAGGAUAAGUAUACUAAAUUCAUAUCAUUUACAAAACUCCAAAAUUGGAGAUAAAUAUUCAGUCCUUUUGAUAUUCAAUCAUAAUACAAAAUUUUUAAAGACUGUAUAGGACAUAUCAGAUAAGUUAUUCAAUUAUUGAAAUCUGAUCAAGUAGGUUAAUGUGAAAUAAAUUUGAUCAACAACAAAAACAAUCUGUGGAUCUUUUACAGAAAAAUAGAAUUGUCGGCAAUAAGUAAUGUGUGGUAAAAAAGUGUAAUUUAAAAAAUAUUCAACUUCAGAGUUUCCAGUCACUAAUAACGGAUACUUUCUGAGUAUCUUUGUGACACAUAUUCUGUGAAAACUAGAAUGCACUGUACACUGUCUAUUAGAAUUAGAAUAGGUUUCUAAUUUUGGCCCUUAAUCCCACUGUACUUAUGCAAGACAUUCUUUUAAAUAGAAUCGCAUGGUUGUCAAAGAAGCUUAUAUUAAGCUAGCUAUCCGGAAUAGUUUAAAUUUAUAACAGUUCAUCACACGUGCUAUCCUAUUCGAAUAGUGUAGAAUUUUAAUUUUUUGCAAUUCAAUAUUUUGUUGAAAUCCUUCAAAAAUUAAGCAACAAGUUGAAAAAAUCUUCCAAUUUGAAAGUAAGUUGCACAAGUCAAUAAAUAUUCAGUUAUAAGUUUAUUUAUUUAUUCAACAGAGUCAAAAACACAAUCAUAAAAUGAUUGGAAUGAAAAAACAGGCUGAUAGCCCUUACAAUUUCAUUCCCGAAUUUUGAUUAAAAAUUUGUCCAAAAGAGGUUAUGAUUCAUCAGCAAUGUAGCAAGUUAUAAAAUCAAUGUAGUGUAUCUCAGAGAAGCUUGAAUAUGAGAUCUCAAGGAAUGAAAAAUAGCACAUGUUGAAAUAUAUUACUAUUCAAUUCAAAUAGUACAGUCUUAUAUUUGUACAAGUUAAUUAUCUAUUCGAAAUUAUACCAUCAAUGUAAUGGCGAGGCUGGAUUAUUCCUAAUUUUAUUACUGGUAAUUGCAUUUAUAAUUAGUUCAAUUGAAACUUUAAAAAAAUACUAGUUUGAGUGCCUGAUUAAUAGAUUACAUGAAUUGAUAAGUAUUCUAAUUGAGAACAAUUUACUAGAUUAUGCAUGUCUAUAGACUGUAAUAAACACUUGUAAAAUAUAAGCAUAGAUUAAAAAUGUAUAAGCUAAAAGGAUUGAUCUCUUUUCUAUGAAAAGAGGAUCAAUUGAUUUUAAUCAAAAUAUUAUAAUAGCAGUGCAAGUUUAAAAUAAUUCAAAUUUAUGCUGCAUUUCAGCACUGCCAAAAGUUAUAUUGUGAUACUUAGCUUACUACUAAUACAUGUUAACUAAUAAUAGCAUACUAAUCGUACAUAGACUAUAAUUAUUGCAUAGGCUUGAAUUUAGUCUUCCUUGUUAUAAAUUCAACUUCUUCCCAAUCAUGUUACGUCUGUAGCUUAUUGAAUAAAAUAAAGUUUAUUUAUUGCA